AUGUAUUCGUUAAUUGGAAAAAGUUACCAAACUAUCCAAGAUUUGAAGGCUGCUGUAAACGAUGUUGCUCGUCAGUACCCUUUUGCCGUCUCAACAAAGAACAGCAACAAACGUUCAUUGACAUUACAAUGUGUCGCGGGUGGUGCCUUUCGUAAUAACCAUCACGUUACUGAAGAAUCACGCAAACGUGUCCGCACCAGUUUUCGAACAGAUUGUCCAUGGAACUGCAAAGCAUAUCGUUAUGCUGGGAGCGAUUCUUGGACGAUCCUCAAGAUACAUGACGAGCAUAAUCAUCCUUUUGCUCCUGAUGCCCGGGUCUAUCAUCAG